CCCAGAUCACUUCAGAGAUUCAUCAGAGACUCUUUAUUUCGCUUCAAACACACUGUGUGUCCAUGGAUAACAAGCUGAACCAUCGGAACUUGUUUGAGGAGCUAUCAAAAUAUCUGAUGGCAUUUUAAUGGACGCAGACUCAGAUUUUGGUGCCAUGUUACAAAGGUAACAUAUUCAUGAGUUAUUCAGCUGUGCGUCAAAGAAACUUUUGACUUCUUAGACGUUUUUGGACCCAAGAACAUUGUUUCAGAAAUGGCGAAACCCAUGGACCAUGUGAAGCGUCCAAUGAACGCUUUUAUGGUGUGGUCGAGAGCUCAGAGGAGGAAGAUGGCACUGGACAACCCGAAGAUGCACAACUCUGAGAUCAGCAAGCGCCUCGGAGGAGAAUGGAAACUCCUGUCGGACUCUGAAAAAAGACCUUUUAUUGACGAAGCAAAACGCCUCAGAGCCGUUCACAUGAAGGAGCAUCCGGAUUAUAAAUACAGACCCCGGCGAAAGCCUAAAACCCUCAUUAAAAAAGACAGGUAUCACUUUAAUGUGGCGUAUAAUUUGGGUGACACGUACCCCAUGAAAAGUGCGCGGUUACCCGGCGAUGCGCUGACGGACUCGAUGAUGGGGAACGCGGAGAAAACUUCUGUUUCUUCACCCACCAGAGUGUUUUUCGGUCACCACCUGACCGCCAACCCCUAUCCAUUUCUCGACGUGACCUCCAAAAUGUCGGAAUUACCCCCUGCGCCAUUUCCACAUUAUUCUAUGUUCGGUUAUCCUGGUGGAGUCUCCGCGUUUCCCGGGAUGGGGAUCCUCGCUGGCGCGCCACACGCACACACGUCUCCGGGGGGUAACCCGGGCCACAUGGUGCAUUAUAACUACUCGGGCUGGCCGCCGGGUUCUGGACCUGCUGUUCCUUCCGCUUAUGUGCUUUUACCAGGAAUGCCCAAAGCCCAGCAUGAACCUUACCUGGCGUACGCUGCGACCAUAUGAUUCCCAUGAAACUACAGGACUAAA